UCAGUCUUGAGCCUCGAGGUGCGACACUCGAUUGGCUGUGGUCUCGGGGUCCUGCUGGUCGAUCAUGUCAGAGUCGUCAUCUGGCUCGUCAUCAGGGUUUUUCGGUGGUCCUUUUGCCGUCUUCAAGCUGGUUGGUCAGGCUCCACCCCUUGUGCUGCACUUGACCUCAAUGACGACACUUCCGCCUCCAAGUCUGUUCUGGCCGAAUGGGCCGCCGCCGGUUGUUCGUCUACAGUCUACAAGCAGCAACAACAGACAAAGGGAUGGCGAGUGGCUCUGGCCGCUGGACUAGUGAUUGGUAAUACCUUCUUGUCUGCCCUUAGUGCCUCGAAUUCCCUCUCCCUCUCAGCCGCGGCUUCCUGCGCACUCGCCAGAAUGCCCCCAUCCAUCCAUCCAUCCCCCCACUCACCCCGUCCAACAAAGAAGGUCCUGACUUCCACAUGGAUCGAUCCACAGCGACACCACAGCUACUAAUACCUACGCACAUACUCGCUUACAGGCCGGCAGUGGUGUGCACUCCCCCGUGUCUGCUCGUGUCUGCCCACCAAAUGAUUGUUGCAAUACAGUGACGUACCAAUGGCCAUUCCUUCCCCUCUGACUGAGCGAGCCAUUCAGACUGUGACGUGGCGAACUGCUUGGGCUUCUUGCCGCUCUGCAAAGCAAAUGAAUGACACACGGGAGCCCAUCUGUGUGUGUGAGUGUCUGAGUGUGCACAUCGACCUACCUUGGCGGCGGCCUUGCGAGCAUUGCGUCGCUGUCUCGACUUCCGGUUGCGGAUGGUCUUGGAACUCACGAACUGCACACAGAGACAGACAGACAGACAGACAGACGCAUGCACACGCAUGGAAGUGUUCACAGACGGUCUGCCUAUGUGUGCGCGUGUGGGUGCUGUGUGUCGAUCGAUAGAUACCUUGUCCACGUCGCUCUCGUCCGUCUGGUCGUAGGUGCGACCGUCGCCAGUGUCAUCCGAUAUCUGACGAGGACACACCCACACUUAUUCGCUUCUCUUUCUGCUUGUGCGUGCGAUUGUCUGUAGGUGUGUGCCCACCACUGUCGAGUCGGUCUUGAGGUAGUCGGUCUUGAGGUAGACGGGCUUGACGGGCUGCAACCAACAGAUGAGCGCAAAGGGUACACACACAGAUGGAGGGCAAGACAACGAUGCAUGGGUUUCUGCGUGUGGCCCUGACUACCUCUCGAGUAGCCGCCAACUCCUGUUCAUCCUGAGACCGAAAGAGGGACCAGUCGAAAGGUCAGCAGCGAGAGUCUGGGACCCUCGUGUGCUCACUCACCAGGCUCAUGUUGAAGUGUUUGAACUUGAUGUUCUCGUAGACGUUGAUGGCCGCAAAGCCCAAGUCCAACGAAAACUGAAUGAACACAUACACACGCCAGGCUCUGUGCGGGUUGUGUCCACUGUGUACGCAUCAACACGCACUUCUGGCUCCUCGAUGACAGGUAUCUCAGGCCUCACUGGACCAACCUGAAUGGCAGACACGACAAUGAAUUCAUUCACCCCUGCAUGCAUGGCGCACUCAUCUGUGUACCUGUGACGCGAGGCCCUUCUUGUCCUUCUUCUUGGCGGCACUCUUCAUGUUCUUCUUUUGCGUCUUCGACAU